AAGACAGCACGGGACAUACAGUUUGCGUACAGUCUUACAGACAGUCUACUGCAUGCAAAAUGUCUGGUAAGAAGGCAACGAGCAAGAAGAAGAAUGUUGCUGGCCCAACUAAGAUGACUGCUCAACAGGCAGCCGAAUGGAUUUUACAAUCCAGCGACGAAGAGUCCGACGCAGGGAGCAUGUCAUCGGUUGACUCUGUGGCAUUUUUGGAAGGACUCGAUCCAGCCUUGGAGAUAUCCUCUGAUGCAGACUGGCUCCCUGAACAGGAGGAGGAGGAGGGGGAGGAGGAGGAGAGCCAGGUGGAGAAAGAGGGGCAGAGAGUUGGUGAGGAGGAAGGAGACGAUCAACCAUCAACCUCUUCGCCGACUACCACCAGAGCAAGGAAGAGGAAAGCAGCGCAGCCAUCCAGCGCCACACCUGCCACCAAGAGAGGCAGAGGAAGAGGGAGAGGACAGGGAAGGUGA